UCAACUUAAGGUCCCACUGUGGAUCCAUUAAAAAUGGCUUCCAGUUAAUUUUUUGCACUAAAGGCGGCUGUCACUCCACAAGCUUUGGGAAGGUUAUUUGAUGUAAAUCUUAUCAUGACUGUAAAGCAUCUCUCGGUGGAGUACAACAAGGUCAAUGAACGAGGCACCUUCUCACCUGGGGAUAUUAUCACUGGGAGAGUGAUAGCGGUGACCAACAAGGAAACCAAAGUGCAGUGUUUUCUGGUCAGAGCCAAAGGAAAAGCCGAGGUGACAUGGCAUGAACAAGAAGGACUAACCACAGUGGUUCACAGCGACAAGAAGGAAUACUUUUAUUUUGAACAUAUUAUUCUUCAGGAUAAAAACAAAGGAGAUGGUUCAGAAAUCAUCGGCCCUGGGAGAAAUGUGUAUCCAUUCACCUUUAAGAUUCCCAAUAUAGUUAUGCCCUCAUCUUAUGAGGGGAAAUGGGGCAAGAUUACAUACAGUUUGCGAGCACAGUUGACUCAGUCAAUCUGGCUUGUCCACAAAACCAAGACUGAGUUCCCUUUCCUGACCAAGGCUGAGUUCCCCUUUGCCUCCAAAUCAGAAAUGAUAAUAAUUGGACUUAAGGAGCAACAAUGUGCGACCAGGAUUUCAUUUUUUGGCUCUGGAAAAGUGACUAUGAAUGUUACCUCAGAAAGAAUGGGAGUGAAGCAAGGUGAGGCAAUAGGAGUCUCUGUAGAAGUUCUCAAUGACUCGACGCGCACAUUAACACCCAGAUUCUACCUGUGUGAGAAGCAGACCUUUGUUGCUCAGUCAAAGAGGACAGUGCACUCAAAUGACAUCCUGUUUGGAACGGGAGACUCUGUUCCAGCUGGGACCAGUCAAACGAUAACCAAAGUGAUGAGUAUCCCUCCACAGACCCCCCCUACCUUCUUCAACUGCUGCAUGAUGAAGCUGGAGUACAGACUCAAGGUCACCCUUGAUGUCCCGCUGGCAAGAGACUCAGAGAUCAAACUUCCUCUCGUCAUUCUGUUGGGCUCACCAAAACCACAUCAGCAAAAACCAAAGAGAUCCAUCUGGUUUAGAAAGCUCCCUGGAUAAAAGGAUGCAUUAGACCAAGAGACAGCGAUGCACAUGCUGUAUGACAGCACUCAAAAUAACAACUCAGAGUAAAUCCGUCCGUUCAGUGUAGCUGCAUUUAACUAAGCAGAUGUUUUCUUGGGGAAGUUCAAACUGACUGAAGCUCUUGAGAAUUUGCUCACUGUUUGUUCUCGUGUCCACUAGAUGGAGAUGUAUGUCACUUAGUUGCCUGUCAGGUUCAUUUGAAAGGACUUAAAUCCAAGUACUCAGAUUCUUUACUUAAGUAAAAGUACUAAUACUACAAUGUAAAACUACUCCAUUACAAGUAAAAGUCCUGCCUUUAAAAUCAAAGUACAGGGUAAUUAAAGUAUCACAAGUAGAGGUACAAAUUCCUGAAAAUAUUGUUAUUGACAUACUGUUAUUGACAUAUCAUCAUAUAUAUUACAUCAUUAGAUUGUUAAUACUUAUGCAUCAAUGCAUACAUUUUACUGUUGCAUCUUGAGGGGGAGCUUGUUUUAAGUUCUUUAUAUACAGUUAGGUAGUUUAGUCCUCCAAAGACUCAUGAGAUGAUUAAUGAUGUGGGAAAGAAGAAAAAAACAAAGUUCUGCAACACAAAUCUGUUUUAAUUUUCUGGAAUAUUCUCUAAUCUUUGCUUCUUUAGUAAGAUAUUGGAAAAUUUUAGACCCUUGAGCCUAAGGCUCUUAUUUAAACGAAACCAUGUGAGAAGUUUCAUGGGGAAAUGUCUCUUUUGUGGAACUGCUUACAACUUUCUGUCAUCUAAACGUGACAAGAGGCCCCAUCUCAACGUUGCUUUUGUGUGUUUUUCUGGAAAAGGUUCACAAUCCAAAAAGCUAGUUAGUCUUUGACCAUGAAUUCUCUUUUAUAAGUUUACAAUAUGUUUUAUGUUUGUAUGUAAAAUCUUUAUCUGAAACUUAGUAACUACACCUGACAAAUGUAGUGGAGUAAAAGCACAAUAUUUCCUUGUGAACUGUUGUGAACAAACUAGCAUAAACUGGGAAACUGGUUAUUUGAGUAAAUUUACUCUCCAUAAAAAGCUGUAUAAAAUGAAUAUAAGAUAAACUUGUUAAGGUGAGGGAAGGUUGCUUCUCUAUGAGACAAUAGUUGAUGUGAACAGGUAUGAACAGUUAACAUUUGAGAAGUCAUUCAUUGUCUCCUCACAAUCAUGACUGUCGAGAAUGAACAUUCACACACUACAGCCGAGAGACAAACAAUGAAUCAGCGAGAGCUGAGAAUUAAGCGUUACGGAAACGUCCUUGUCCAUGGACUCAUUUUGCAACAGAGAAAAGUAUUGAACAAAGGCACAUUCAUGGUUCGAACAGUACAUGUGUUGCCCAACCAGCGGUUCCUAAGUGAAACCAGGCCCAUGUUCUUGACAGACUCAGAGAUCUUUCCCUGCCCAGGAGGGGAAACAUGUUGAGAGCUGAGCAUUUUAUGGUCAGGAUCCAUCCUGGAAACAUUAGAUUUGGCUAUUGUGACACCACAUACAGCACACCCACCUAUCCAGAGAGAGAGAGAGAGAGAGAGAAAGAGAGAGAGAGAGAGAGAGAGAACAGUGUUUGGUUCUGACUCAGCACAAACAGAUCCUGAUGAUUUCAUGUUCAUCCCACAAAACAGAGAAGAAAACCAGCAAUGUUCUACUCUCACCAUUAAUAAUACAAAAGCACAAGAGUGACCAACAAAGGCUUCAGAUUCCACUGGCCUGCUGUACAAGGCCCCUGCACUGAUAUUCUGGGAAUUGAAAAUUAAAGUCAUAUUUCAGCUCACAAUUGACUUGUCAUCAUGUAUCAUUUAAGUCUAUUAGAGAAUGUAUCAAUAUUUAAGUGGAAACAUCAAAUGUAAUUGAAAUAACAUGUCAAAAAUGACUUGAACAGCUUUUAAUAUAUAAAUUACUGUAAGUAACUGCAAUAACUUUGGCAGUAUGAUCACUGUUUGGGUAAAAGAGGACUGACAGCUCCUGACACAACUCAGAAAAUGUUGGACACAUGGAAAAUACUUGUCUGAAUGUUAUGUGAUUGAACAGAACGGAAAAUAAA